AAGACCGACGUCCAUUUUAUCUCUGGCUCGUAGAAAUCAUCAAAAAAAUGAAGCCGGGGCUUCUUCUAUGGAGUCCUGGCUAUCUCUCUCCACUAUCUUUCCACUCACUUUCCCUCAAAAUUCCAACUACCAAACACGUCCCGCUACUGCCACCAAUAUCUGCCUCUCUUGAUUCAAGUGACACCCAAGUUCAACAGCAGCAGCUAUCAGCGAGGGAGAGAAGGCAGCUAAGAAACCGAAGAAGAGAGAGCAAAUCAGGUUAUAGUUGGAGAGAAGAAGUUGAAGAAAAGCUCCUAAAAAAACCCAAGAAGAGAUACGCUUCUUGGACUGAGGAACUUAAUCUUGAUAGCUUGGCUCACUUGGGUCCUCAAUGGUGGGUGGUUCGAGUUUCCCGGGUUAGAGGUCUCGAGACUGCCGACGUCAUGGCUCGUUCACUCGCUAGGAACUUCCCUGACAUCGAAUUUAAGAUGUAUACUCCAGCUGUUCAGGAGAAGAAGAGGUUAAAAAAUGGUUCGAUAUCAAUUAAACCGAAACCCUUAUUUCCCGGGUGUGUUUUCUUAAGAUGUGUACUGAACAAAGAGAUUCAUGACUUCAUAAGAGAGUGCGAUGGAGUUGGAGGUUUUCUUGGUUCCAAGGUCGGAAAUACAAAAAGACAAAUAAACAAACCUAGGCCAGUGUCUGUUGAUGACAUGGAAGCAAUCUUCAGACAGGCCAAAGAAGAACAAGAAAACGCUGAUCAAGCAUUUGAGGAAAAACAGCAAGGAGAAAUAGCCCUCAUUCCGGAUAAGCUGAAUAUAGAAUAUAAUUUAGAUUCCAAUGGUGUUACAGCCUCUGUUUUGGAUUAUGAGCCAAAACAACAAUCUAGAAAGAGUUCUAAUACUGUAGUAAAGGGGGCAAAGGACUCCAAGCAACUUGUCCCAGGUUCAAUUGUUCGAGUUGUGUCUGGGACUUUUGCAGAAUUUGUAGGCAGCCUCAAGAAAUUGAACCGCAAAACUGGAAAGGCAACCGUGGGAUUUACACUAUUUGGGAAAGAAAGCCUGGUAGAGCUAGAUGUCAAGGAUAUCGCACUGGAAACAAAGUGAUAUGAAUGUGCUUUCCUGAUAAUCAUUACGGUUAAAGGAAAAUGAAGGAAAGUUUUAAUGGAAUCCAGCUGUGAAAGCCUAACUCCAGCAUUGGCUUUGCUACUGAGGAGGGAGGACAACUUUAUACUUGUUAAUAUCAUGCUACUGACAUAGUGGGGCAUGUUAAUACAAAUCUUCAAAUUACUUUUAAGUGCUACUUUAAGGCCGUGGAGACUAAAAAGAUGGCUUUUAACAAUAUUCUCGAAAGAGCGGAUAUAGCUAGCAUUGCUGUUGAAAAUAGAUUUUGUCGUCAAAAACCGCUUUUGACCCAACA